CGCCCGAGCAUCUCCUUAGUGUCCGACCCGGCUAGGGGAUCGGCCAGUGACGGUGGCGGGGGCGUGGGGUGCUGGGCAAGCGAGGGGAAGGCUGGAGGGAUCAAGGAGAUGGGCUCUGACCGCCGUACGGUAGUGCCUGGGAAAGGCAAACCCUGCUCCCCAGGAGGGCGGAGGAGAUGAGAUCCCAAGGGCAGGGCUCACACAGCAAGAAAACGAGGAAUGUGUCUGUCACUUUCGCCCCGCAAAGAGCCGGGAGCGGAGCCGCUGGAGAACCAGCUGCUAGGGCUCAUUCAAUAGCCGAGGCGCUCAGGGCCGCGACUGGGGCAGGGUGCGACCCCCGGGGUUGCUGGGCAAUGCCAAGACCCUUUACGCACCGACCAGAGAAACUACGAGAACUGUCCACGCUUGAACGCUGUUCUCGCGAGUCGCAGGCCCUUGACGCUAGUGCUCGCUCCUUGGCAAUCACCCCUAAUGAACUAGACAGUGGCCAUGACGUUGGGGAUGAACACUUGGAUUCCACGUUUGGUGAGGGCCUCAAGUCCCCUCCAUCAUAUCUUAAUCUAAUAAAUAAUUUUUGCAAGCCAGAGAAUCUAAGACAGGCAGAGAGGAACCUUAAAGAAAAAACACUGGUGGAAAUGAGGGAACUGAACAAGCAAAUAAAACAAGCUCAAAUCCAGCAGGAACCGCUGCUGAAGGACAACAGGCAGCUACACACAGAAAAGUUACUUGUCCAGGCUGAGAACAAAUUCUUCCUGGAAUACCUAACUAACAAAACUGAGGAAUAUAGAAGGCAACCUGAGAAGGUGUGGAACACCUAUGUACAAAAGUGUGGCGAGAUUGAACAAAGACGACAAGAAUCAGCCUCCAGAUAUGAACAACAAACUUCACUGCUUAAAACAGAGCUCUUGCAAAAGGAAAAGAUUCAAUCCAAUUUGAAGCAGCAAUUGCAGGCAAUGAGGGACAUUUCUAUAUUAAGAGAGACACAGGAACUAGAAAUACAGACAUUACAGGAGGAGGAGAAAAAAUUCCAAGCUGAGGCAGCUGCAAAGAAACAGAAAGUACAGGUCCAGUUCCUCCAAGAAAAAGCAUUCCUGGAGAAACAACUGAGUGAGCCAGACAUAAGACAGUUGGAAAAGAGAAAAAGAAGGGAGCACAAGAGGAAUGCCCAGGCCUUGGAGUUGGCAGCAAAGCAGUCUAUUUUUGAGUUCACCGUUGGCAUCAUCAGAGAGAACCAGCAGUUACAGACGAAAUUGCUGCAGCUAACUCAGCAAUCCCAGAUAUUGGAGGCUACUCAAAGCCAGUUAAAAAAUUGGAAGCAGCAGCUGCAGCAGGAACAGUGGUAUGUGGAGUGCUUAAUCCGGGGGAGGCAAGGACUGCAAGGAAGGCAUAAUUGGUGCCUAAAAGAACAGGAUGCUCCCAAGACCACAUCCAGCCCUCCCCUAGGCACCAAAUCAAGAAUUAAUCCAAAGUAAUUUUUAAAAUAAUACUGAUUAAAUAAGAACUGGAGUAAAUACUCUUAGGUACUACGUUAAUCUGGUUAGGAAGGCUUUUGGAUUUCAGAUUACUACUGUAAAAUAUCCAUCAUGGUGAGUUCAUGUGAAGGACUAGGUGCUUUUUUCCAGCAGUCCUACUAGGUAUUCGUGUAACCAGGGUCCCUUAACUAGCUUUUUCUUUAUUUAGCCCAUGUUAUUAAACAAGAUGUUCCACAAAUCUCCAGUUAACCAUACAUGACCCUAAUACCUAGCCAUUUCCCAAACACCCAUACAUCAAACUAGCUCAAGAAAACCAACUUGAAGUGAAAAUAGUUGUGUGAUUUAUUUGGUUAAAUUAGAUUUCUCUAUAGAGAAAGUACCUUUAAGGAUAGAUAACAUUUCAGAUUGACUUUGAAUAGUGCUUUCUGCUCAGUAAAUAGCUGGUAUCAGUUUAUCCUCAUUCCUUUUGAUCAACUCAGCAAAUGUUUAUAAGCUGUUUUUAAAGUUUGUGCCAGUGAUCAGAUAGCUCCUUCUAUAGUUUUCUCAUGAGUGAAAAAGUACUCGUAACAAACAGCAAGUCCAGUAAGUGCUAGGUGGAAUGACCCUUCAUCUGAUGCUAAGCCCCUACAGUUUUAGCUUUGAAUCUAUUAGAAAGGUAAGCAAAGAUGAAGGGGACAUAUAUUAGGUCAACUCUUAUUAAUGAGAUGAUUGAAUGCCCCUGCUCGUUUCAGGAAAAUGUAUCAAAAGAAAAUUUUAAAAUAUUUGGGCAACUCUCUUUUGAGAGUCUUGUGCCAUCCAUUUCCCUAGCAGCAUUCUAAAUUCUAA